CUUUAAAUCGGCAGUUGAUCGGGCUUCGUGGCCAGUGAAGUCGGAUCUCCUGAAACUCCCGUCUGAACAUCAAAAUGACUGAAGACAGAAAAGACAGCAGUGCCAAUGGUCAUGCCGUGCCGAAUGGAAUCUCAACUGAGAAGGCCAUAGACUUGGACUAUGUGCUGGUGAACGAGCUCGGCCAGUUCGGGCGGUACCAGCUCAUCAACACGCUGCUCAUUUCGAUCCCAUUGAUCAUGUCGGCAUUUAUGAGCGAAUUCAUAUUUGGCGCGGCUGCCAUUCCUCACAGAUGUCGUAUCCCAGAAUGUGGGGAGUACAGCAAGCGGAACAAGUUCAGUCCCGAAUGGGUCCUGGACGCGAUCCCCGCCAGCAACACUAUCCCCUCCGGCUUCGAGAACUGCGAGCGGUUCCCUUCAGUGGGCAACGGGACCCUCGACGUGUGUCCCGCCUACCUCUUCGACCAGGACAGAACUGUCGGCUGCGAUAGCUUCGUCUACGCGAGAUCCGAAUCUGUCGUCUAUGAAUUUGACCUGGCGUGCCAAGAGUGGAUGCGCGCGCUGGCAGGCACGCUGAACAGCGUGGGCACGCUGCUGGUGCUGCCCAUCACGGGCUACGUGUCCGACCGCUUCGGCCGCCGCGUGGCGCUCAUCAUCAGCGUCUUCAACAUGGCCACCUUCGGCCUGAUCCGCGCUUUCUCCGUCAACUACCCCAUGUACCUUGUGCUGCAAAUCGUGCAAACCACAUUAGGAGCUGGAACUUUCAGCUCAGCCUAUAUUUUCGCCGCAGAGUUGGUAGGACCUAAAUACCGCGUGGUGGCUAGUGCCACGUCUACCUCUAUGUUUGCUGUGGGUCAAGUAAUCCUCGGGGCGACAGCUAUGGGGAUCGACAACUGGCGGUACCUGCUGAUGGUCCUCAACAUUCCUAUUUUCCUCGUGUUGUCUUACUACUGGCUCCUCCCUGAGAGUGUGAGGUGGCUUCUGUCCAAGGGGAAAUUCGAAGAAGCCAGGGUUGUACUUGAAAAAGUAGCUCGUGUUAACAGAAAACAAAUCAGUGAAAAGUCUAUGGCCGCGUUGAUGAGUCCACCAUCACCACCACCAACAACAGGCUCUGUUCAGGAGAAUGACUCCUUGUUGAAAAGUAUAAUGAAGUCCAAAAUCCUUCUGCGGCGAGUGCUGACCACUCCUAUCUGGUGGAUCACCACCACAUUUGUGUACUACGGCCUCUCCAUCAACUCCACCAGCCUCUCCGACCAGAUGCACCUCAACUACAUGCUGACGGUGGGCAUUGAGAUCCCUGGCUUCUACAGCGCGGUGCUCGUGCUGGACAGGAUAGGAAGGAAACCCACUCUGUGUGGUGGUUUCUUCCUAAGCGCGGCAUGCAACUUUGCUUUUGCAUUCAUUCCAUCUGAAAUGACCGUCCUAAGGCUGGUGAUAUUCCUGCUGGGCAAGUUCGGCAUCGCUCUCGUGUUCACGUCGCUGUACCUGUUCACGUCGGAGCUGUACCCCACGCAGUACCGCCACAGCCUGCUCGCCUUCUCCUCCAUGAUCGGCAGGGUCGGCUCCAUCACCGCCCCUCUCACUCCUGUACUGACGCAGUACUGGCACGGCAUCCCGUCCAUGAUGUUUGGCUCCAUGGCAAUGCUGUCGGGCGUGCUGGUGCUGACGCAACCCGAGACGCUCGGCACCAAGAUGCCNCAAACACUGACCACGACUAGGAUGUAA